AUGUUGGUUCGCGUUCGUACAAAGGAAGGUACUUUUCGUAUUGAGUCAGAUCCGAUUGACGAUAUUUCUGUACUUGGAAAUAAGAUUGCAAGCCAUUUAAGAACUGAUCCAUCUUCCAUUAGAAUAUCAGAUACGCCAAAAUCAGCUGGUAAAUUCAUAAGCGAACUUUCAGGAGAAUCCCUUAAUAAACUUGGAAUCAGUCAUGGAGAUCUUAUAUAUGUCACUUUCGAGGAAGUAGUAGAUGCAAAACAAGUGAAAGAGACGACUAAAUCUACUACACCAGUCAAACAAGAUUCGGUUGAUGAUUUACUGGAGAAACAAGAUGGUUUAAUAAAACGUCAAAGAGAUCCGAAAUUUUGUAAACACGCGUCUAAAGGGAUGUGUGAUUAUUGUAUGCCUUUAGAGCCUUAUGAUCCUAAUUACUUGACGGAAAAUAGGAUAAAACACAUGUCUUUUCAUGCUUAUUUACGUAAAAUUAAUAAACAAAAUAAGCAAAACGUUAAAUUUAUUCCUCCAUUAGAAGAACCCAAUUUUCAUGUAAAAGGAAAUUGUAAAGGUGGUCAUGCACCAUGGCCAUUAGGUAUUUGUACAAAAUGUCAACCAAGCGCAGUGACUUUACAACCUCAGUCUUACCCUGAUGUUCCAUUGGGUGUAAAGGCCGUAGUUGAAGCUAUUUAUGAACCUCCACAGGAGGAUGAAGUUGAUGGGUUAUCACUUAAUCUUCCAUGGGAUCAUGAACAAUUGGUUGAUGAAGUUGCUGCUAAUUGUGGAUUAGUUAAGGUCGGAAUGAUUUAUACUGAUUUAAUUGAUGACGGAUCAGGUUUAGGAAAAGUAAUAUGUAAGAGACAUAUUAAUUCAUAUUUUCUCUCAUCUCAAGAGUGUUGUUUCUCCGCAGCUAUGCAACUCAAACAUAAAGCACAUUCUAAAUGGAGUGCUUCAGGAGUAUUUGAUAGUAGAUUCGUUACUUGUGUAGUAACUGGUAAUGAGAAUGGAGAUAUCGAUGUUUCGGCAUAUCAAGUUUCGAACACUUGUUCAGCUAUGGUAUCAGCAGACAUAAUCGAACCAAGUGUAGACCCUGGUGUGAUGCGAGUUAAAGAGAGCACAUCGGAACGAUAUGUCCCUGAAGUGUUUUAUAAAUAUAAGAAUGAGUAUGGAGUUAAUGUACAGGAAAGCGCAAAGCCUUGUUUUCCUGUAGAAUAUUUAUUGGUUAAUCUGACACACGGUUUCCCAACUGUUCCGAACCCACUAUUCACCUCACCUACAAAUUUCCCUAUUGAAAAUCGCGAUAAAGUAGAAAAACAAGAUCUAAAGAGUUUGUAUAAUCAUCUUGGACUCGAAGGUGGAGAUAUUCAUGUUAAUAAAGUAUCGGAUUUUCAUUUAUUAACUUUUAUAAAAGGGAGUGGUGUAUUAGAUGAGAAUGAUUUUUUAGCACUUGUAAGGCUUGCUCUAUCACAUGAAGAAAAAGAUGCUAUUCAACUUGCACAAAGCACAGGGUGGCAAACCCUGGUGGCUAUUAUGAAAGAAAGCAAUCAUUUACCAAAUGGAAGUUCAUUAUCUGAUGGAGGUGUUGGCAGUAGUACAUCGUCAAGAACUGAAUGGAGCUGUAGACAUUGUACUUUUACAAAUGCACGUUCAUUAGUAAAUUGUGAAAUGUGUAAUUUACCAAAGGAUGGUUAA